AUGGCAACCACGUUGCAGAAGAUAAAAGAGAUCGAAGAUGAGAUGGCAACUCAAAAGAACAAAUACGCCCCUUUCAGCUACCAUUUAGGUCUAUUGAAAGCUAAGCUUGCGAAAGCGAGGCGAGAGUUGUUGACUCCAUCUGGAGGAAGCGGGGGUGGUGGAGGUAUUGGGUUUGAUGUUGCUCGGACAGGGAUCGCCUCCGUGGGGUUCGUUGGAUUUCCGUCCGUAGGGAAGGGAAGUUCCACACUUAUGACAAAAUUGACUGGAACCCACUCAGAAGUGGCUGAGUACGCAUUUACGACCCUUACAACGGUUCCAGGGACGCUCAAAGUCCAUGGUGCACCGAUACAAGUGUUAGAUCUUCCUGGCAUUAUCGAGGGCGCCAAAGAUGGCCGUGGCCGUGGACGGCAAGUUAUUGCCGUGGCCAGGACGUGCAAUUUGAUUUUUAUCGUUUUAGAUGUCCAAAAACCACUAGGAGAUAAAGCAGUGAUCGAAGCCGAACUCGAAGGUUUCGGUAUUCGGUUGAACAAAAAGCCACCUGCUAUCACAGUCAAAAAGAAGGACAAAGGCGGAAUCAACAUCACCAACACGGUGGCCCUGACAAAAAUCGAUACGGAAGAAGUAAAAGCAGUUCUCAGUGAAUACAGGAUUGCGAACGCAGAUGUGGCGAUCCGGCAGCCGGAUGCCACCCCAGACGAUUUGAUAGAUGUCGUGGAAGGCAAUAGGGUUUACAUACCUGCGCUUUAUAUCGACGCGAUAUCAAUUGAAGAGCUGGAUAUUUUAUACAGAAUUCCGGACUCUGUGCCUAUAUCGUCAAAAGAGUGGUGGAACAUUGAUGAACUUCUCGACAUCAUGUGGGAGAUGCUCGAUCUAGUGCGAGUGUACACAAAGCCUCGCGGCCAAACACCCGACUACACGGCGCCUGUUGUCUUGCGACGCGGUCGCUCUACCGUUGAGGAUUUCUGCAAUUCAAUUCACAAGGAAAUAGCCAAACAAUUGAAGUAUGCUACAGUAUGGGGUACCAGUGCCAAGCAUUCGCGGGGACAGAAAGUUGGACUCGAUCAUGUGCUUGAAGAUGAAGAUAUAGUGCAGUUGGUCAAGAAGUAGAUUGCUGAAUUCACAAUUGAAGUGUUGCUUGAGAUUUCUCAUGCACAAU